GAAGGCGCGCGCGGGGGGCAAACGCUCACAGCCUCCACGCUCCUUUAAUGAAUCGCCGGUUACCGCGGCUCGCGCUGCGCUCGUGCUAUACCGCGCUAAAAAGUUAAGGCCCUUCGCGCCGUCUCCCUCGCGCCAUCUACUACACGAUCAAAGAUGCAUUGAGAGAAUAGAAUGAACUAAGAAAAUAUGACAAUAAUAUAGUUGAGUGAGAGAAAUUAUUAUACACUAUUAUUAUGGUUUGGGAGACUGACGACGGUAACACAUAGAGAGUGAUAGUAUGUUUGCAAGGUGGCAUGUGAAGAGGGCAACACUAUCUGAUGACAUUUGACCUGAUGAUGGCGGAACAUUCGAGGAGGCCGCGGUCCGUAUCAAUGGAAACCGGUGGGCUGCCGCUCGUCUCUACGUUCGCUCUGCUUACAAUCGUGGCAGGUCAACUUCAAGGUUCAGGGUAUUCAGAGCAAGAGCCUGAGUUCCUAUCACCGCUGGAGAAUCUCACCGUAGCCCAAGGGAGAGACGUACAUUUCACGUGCACAGUAAACCGUCUUGGAACUUAUAAGGUGGCGUGGAUAAAGUCAGACACGAAGACAAUCCUGGCGAUCCACACGCACAUGGUAACGCUGAAUCCUCGGCUGUCGGUGACCCACAACGGGCACAACACCUGGAAGCUGUACAUCAGUAACGUGGAGCCGAAGGAUUCCGGCACCUACAUGUGCCAGAUCAAUACUGACCCAAUGAUGAGUCAAAUGGGUUUCCUCUCUGUGGUAAUCCCGCCGGACAUUGCUGACGAUGACGGAUCGGAGGCGAGCGCACCAGAGGGUGGCUCUGUGGAUCUGAGAUGCACUGCGGCUGGUGUUCCUGACCCAAUCAUCUCCUGGAGGAGGACUGAGGGUCGCCCCAUUGUGUUCCGCGAUGACGAUGGCAAAGAAAAUAGACUGGACAGCUUUGUGGGGUCCACCCUGUCACUUCAUAACCUUCGGCGGCUGGAUAUGGGGACCUAUUUAUGCAUAGCUGCAAACGGCAUUCCACCAACCAAGAGUCGGAAAUAUGAUGUCUCCGUAUUUUUUCAACCGAUGAUUAGAGUGGAGAGCCCCGUGGUGCUGCGAUCGGUGGACAUGCAAGUCAGCCUGCAGUGCUACAUCGAGGCGUCUCCCAAAUCACUCAUCACUUGGCAGCGAGGCAAGUCACAAGCAGGUGUGAAAUUGCUGAACAGUUCCAAGUACGUGAUAUCGGAGCAGAUAGCGAACGAGUACGCAUUGCGGACUAACCUUACCAUUAACCGCUUGAAGAAAAGCGACUUCGGAGAGUAUUCCUGCUCAGCAGUCAAUGGAUACGGUAGAGCCGAAGGCGUCGUCAUUUUAAAAGAGACGCCGCAGCGCACAACGACAACUACAACAACAACCACGACGACAACGACAACCACCACACGCGCGCCAACGACCGCCGCAACUACAUCACGACCGCCGAAACGUCAUUUGAAGAAGCAACUAGAUCGCGGGCAGAAUUCACUGGACGCCGACCUGCGCCACCCCGAAAUCAACAACGCGUUAAAUUUCUACAACGCAUACGGCCUGAACAACACGCACAACGAAUACGCUCAACGGACCGAAAAGCAAAAAGUUCGCCCAUCCGGCCCGCCCCGUCGUUACAUUGAUUACAACGACGCCACCAGGGCGUAUACGGCCGCGUUAGCGUUCCUACUCGCCAGUCUAAACGCGCUCGUACAAUAAUAGAGAGACGUGUUUCCGGACACUCGGACUUACUUUAGAAGCCAAUACGUAAAUGCGUAUUCGACAAAGCGUUCGACUGUUACGACCUGCUCGCUUAACCGAGUAAUUUGUUCAUCGAAUAUAUGUGAGAGCGUAUAAAAGAAGUCGUGAAACAUAGAAUAAGCAUGGUUUGUGCAGUUCCGUCGUGGAACUACUAAAUAAAAAUGAAUGUAGUUUGCCGAGUUUAUUUAUGUUAAUAUUUUAGAAACGAGUACUAGGUAGUGAUACAAAAAUGGCUGUUGAAUUUUGUAAGAGUACGUAUUUUGAGGUUGUUGUAAGUACUUUUUACGACUUAAUGUUGAAAUGUUGUUAGGCAGAUACAAUAUCAACUUUUAAAUGUAAAAUGUGACAAUAAAAGCAUUUGAUUAUUUUGAUAAUAAGACUAAAAAAA